AUGCCCAAGGAAGCGGUGGUCCACUUGCGCUAUGGACCCUACAGCGCUCUGGGCCUGUCCGUGGAGCACCGCACCUUCCGCCUGGAGGGCCUGCAAGCUGUGUUGACCAAAGAUGGACAUCACAUCAUCCUAGAGAAGAUAGACGACUGGAAUGUGGUAGAACUCGUGGUGAAUGAAGAAAAGGUCUUCCAGUGUGACAUACAGGAAUUGGAGUUUGGAGGUGAUGGCAAACUAGACCCACUGUGUGAAGAAGCCAGGAUUGCUGUGCUAGAGGCCUUCUGAGCUCAUGGGGUACACACAGUUGAAUGCCAGCAAAAGGGGUUUUCUGGACACACGGACUGGCACUGCCAGUCAGAACAAGGCAAGGUCACCUGUUCUUCAGCCCACGCAACCUCAAGUCUCCCAUCCAUCUGCACAGGGCCCCCUCCCAAAAUAAUAAAACCACACCAGUUGCCAUAUCUCGCGAUCUCAACCCAUAGGGAGAGCCCUCCAAUAUCAGGUGCACAUUGAGCUGAAGGAAAUAAUAAAAUGCAAUCUAAUAAGAAAGCUCCAUCCCUUGCUAAUAAAACGUAGUUGCCAGAAGCAUCCGCGGUUGUAUUGUGUAGUAGGUGGGGAACUAGGAACAGGUGAA